UAUUUACAAAGAGCUGAAGGGGCGGGACAAACACUUACCCGGGUCCUUUCUGUCAAACUUACUGAAUAUUUUAUGUUUGGGUGUGUUUGACAGAGGUGAUGUUGUGGAGAUCUGACAGAAUAACACAGGUUAGAUGAUGGAGAUUCAAAGUUCUCGUAAGAAGAACAUCUUCAUCUCUAUGCUUUUCAUAUCAUGUUUCUCAGCCAUCUUCUACUUGUACCACAAAUCAACACUAAACUGGCUACAGCAUCCAACGUUUCAACUUUACAAGCAUUACGCCUGGAUCAAUGCUUUUCAAGCGUCAAGACAGAACAACAACAACACUGUUACUGUGAACCAACCUUUAAUAGAAAACAAAUUCAAACACACAACACAAACACAAGAGACCCUCCUGCUGAUCUGGAUGUGGCCCUUUGGGGAUAAGUUUGAUUUAGGAUCCUGUAGUUCAGUCUUUAGAUUGGAGGGUUGCCGGUUAACUGAUGACAGAAAUCUGUUUAGUGAAGCACACGGCGUCUUGUUUCAUCACGGAGAUAUGGACAACGACUUAUCAAAUAUGCCGAAACAAACCCGACCUUCCUUUCAGAAAUGGAUCUGGAUGAACAUGGAGUCUCCGAGUAACUCAGCACUGUAUUCUUAUCUGAACGAUCUGUUUAAUCUGACUGUGACUUACAGACGAGAUUCUGAUAUCAUGAUCCCAUACGGACGAAUCUCACAGAAAAACAGCCUGGACAGAUUUCAACUACCACACAAGAAGAAGUUAGUCUGCUGGAUCGUAAGCAACUGGAAACCAGAAUACGAGCGCUCCAAAUAUUUUCUCAACUUAAAGGAACACAUCAAUGUGGAAACCUAUGGUGAUGUUUUUAAUAGACAGAUAACCAAUGAAGAGUAUUCAGAGUUGGUGUCCAGCUGUAAAUUUUAUCUGUCUUUUGAGAACUCCAUUCAUCCAGAUUACAUCACAGAGAAACUCUUUAACCCCAUGGCCGCUGGCACCGUACCGGUGGUUCUCGGCCCAUCCAGAAGAAACUACGAGAAAUUUAUACCGGGCAGUGCUUUUAUACACGUGAACGACUACAAAUCUGCUGAAGACCUCGCUGCACAUCUAAAGUAUCUGGAUAAAAACAAAGAGAUGUACAUGAAGUAUUUCAGCUGGAGAGAGACGUUUGUUGUGAGCAGAACCGACUUUGGUCUUGAACAAGCCUGUCACGCCUGCGAUUAUAUCAGAAGAAACAGAAACUACAGAGUGAUGAACGAUCUCAUCAGCUGGUUCUGGGAUCUUUAACAUCAGGACAGAUGAGAGAUCAAAUAAACACACAUGAAAUAAAGGCAACAACACAACUGAAUGAUCAGAUGAUGUCACUUACAGUCUUAGGAGAAAAACUUUCAUUCAUCUUUUAAAUAAUGAAAAGUAUUUCUUUUUAUGUUCCACUGUUGGGUCUGAAUUUGGUCUUUUUAUAAUAUUAAGUUUCUAUUGACAGGUGUAUCUGUUAACCUUAUAAAAGUGUCUGAUAUGUGUCCUUCAGUAGCUCUGUGUGUAUGUAAACAGAUCUUAUGUUGAGUCUGUAUCAGAUGAAGAUAGAGAAGUGUUUUAUUCAGUCGUAUUGGUGUUAUUCUUAUUUUGUACACUAAGUGGAGUAUUGAGUUUGGGAAAUGUAUAAAAUAGGUAAAGAAGAAAUGCUGCACAGGUGCGGGUAAUGUGCAUACCAGUUUUGACCGUGAGAUUGGUGCUGGGUAGGAAAAUUGAUCUGUAUGAAUUUUUGACUUUGUAAACCCUUUUUUAACAUUUAAACCAUAUGUGAAUAAACAAAAUAUAAAACGUGAA